AUGUCUCUCUCUCUCUCUCUCUCUCUCUCUCACCACAGUCUCCCGGUGUGUGAGGAGGAACAACGGAGGCAGUACGUGGGCGUCCGUGGGGGCUCUGUGUCCGUGAGGUGUAGAGUCCGUGCCUACCCCCCUGCCCUCACCUUCACCUGGGCACUGAGGAGGACGCCAGAGGGCGUCCGGGAGAGGCUGGAGAGUGUAGGGCGGACAGAAGGGCUGACGGGCAGAUACACCUUGACCCGCCUACAAGAGGAACGUGUACAGGUGUUGUGUUGGGCCAAGAACGCCAUCGGUACACAGAUUGAGCCUUGCAAGUUUACCGUCUACACCCGGGGUAGACCAGGUCCCGUGGCUGGGUGUAAGGUGGACAACCAUACCGCGUCAGGCUUCACCGUCAGAUGUCGCUCCGGAGCCUUCAGGAGUGACCAGGCCAACUACACCUUGUUAGUGUAUGCACAGGUGGGUUCUAAUGGGUCCUGUUGGGGUGAUUAA